GGCCGGCCGGCCCCGUGGCUUGGACGCGGGCGCGUGGGAAGUCCGAUCCACGAGAUACACAGAAUCGCAUAAUCACAGGACUUGAAAAUAAACAAGUCUUCUGUUGAGUACAGGGAGUAAAGAAGUUUGAGGGCCUCUUGAAGUAGUCGUGUCGCUGAGAUAUCAUCAGUGAAUCAGCACUCAACCUGGAAAUGGCGUCCCUUCAUAGCCAAGGCUACUGGUCCAAAAAAGACAUGCUGAUGCUGCUGGACCAUAUCGAGAAGAACCUCCCAUUUGAUGACAACCUAACAUUCAAAAAAUCCCAGACAUGUCUGGACUGGGGGAAAGUCGCUUUUAAACAUUUUUCUGGAGAAAUGUGCAAACUCAAAUGGUUGGAGAUUUCCAACAAGUUGAGGAAGUCCCGCACACUGUCAGAUUUAGUCCACGAGGCCAAAGAACGUACUAAAAAUCCUAACAGAAACAAGGAAUAUGAAAAGCACCCAGAUUUCCCCAAAAGGCCACUGACUGCUUACAUCCGAUUUUACAAGGAGAAGUGGUCCAAAUACUCCCAAAGGUACCCUAAAAUGAGUAACCAGGAGCUGGCCAAGGUGCUGGCCAAGAAAUACAAGCAGCUUCCAGAGCACAUAAAGCAGUUAUACAUUCGGGACUUCCAGAAGGAGAAACAGGAGUUUAAAGAAAAGCUGGCUCGAUUCAGGAAAAAACACCCUGAUCUAGUACAGGUUUACAAGACAUCGAGUGUUCCCAAGAUUGUCAGGCUUCCUCCAAAACCAGAGAAAUUCUCUGUGGAGGUGAAAUUUCACGGGGAGCCCAAGAAACCCCCCAUGAAUGCAUAUCACAAAUUUCACCAAGAUUCCUGGUCCAGUUGGGAGCUUCAGCACCUGCCUCUGAGACAGCGCAUGGUGGAGAUCGGCCGGCGCUGGCAGCGCGUCCCACAGAGUCUGAAGGAACAUUAUAAGAACCUGGCUGAGAUGCUGCAGAAACAAUACAGGGUGGACUUGGAUCUCUGGCUCAAGACAUUGUCACCUAAAGAAUACGCAGCUUACAGAGAGGCAGAGGCCGCCUAUGGCAAGAGAAAGAACUUGAGCGUGAGGGGAGGCUUGAACCUCAAGCUCACACGACCUGAUGUGCAGUCUGCACCAGGAAAAUAUGUAUCACGGGCUCCAGGACUGGACUGGUCAGAGACUGUGAAGAUCAGCUAUGGUGGCUUGCAGGAAUCAAAACAGAAAGUGAAGAAGGAAAUCAAAGAGGCUCAAGGGAGCAGCAGCUCAUAUUCCACCAGUGGAGAUGAUGAUGCAUCUUCAGGGAAGUCGUCAAGCUUAGACUCUAUCUGAACCUUGUGAUGAUACCAAAUGGUUGACAAUUGUUAACACGUUUUCUUUCUACUUCUAAAGCUGUUGUGUGGAAUAGUAAGAAUAGUGUUGAUGGGAGGGAUUUUUUGUUUG